AUGAGCACCCCACCCGAGACCUCAACCCUCCCCGAGGGCUGGACGCUCACGCCCACCAGCGUGGGCCCGGGCAUCCCCUACUCCGCCCACGGGAAGCCCGAAAAGUUCUCGCACGCCAUGUGGUCCCUGCUGGGCCUGGGCUGCCAGACCGAGCACGUGGGCGCGAUCGUCAAGUACCUCGUCCCGGAGAAGCUCCAGCUCGCGGCCGAAAGCUGGGAGGCCGAGUGCCUGUGGACGCUGGUCUGGUUCGGGCUGCCGGCGGUGCACCGGGCCUUCGAGACGUCCAAGCCCGCGUACGGCGUCAUCCGCGCCGGGAACGAGAUCCAGCUGUACCGCGAGGGCGCCGGCGAGGUGGCCCCGCUGCUGUCGCCCCUCGCAGAUCCCAAGUUCCCCUCCACGGAAGAGCCGCCGCGCACCAUCUACCGGUACGAGCUUCACGGCCGCACGGCCUUCGACUGGAUUGCCGACAGGCCGCUCAUCAGCCAGUGGGUCCAGGUGGUCGAGAACGACCCAUCCUUGGCGACGACCGAUGUCGACGUGGUGCUCCACGGCGCCAAAGUGCCCAGGGCCGAGCUACCGCUGCCUCUCCCUCACGGCCCGGACCUUAGUACCGUUUACUAUAGGAGUAAUGGUACGGAGUUCCGGGACUGGAUUCAGGAGUUGUGCAAGCGUAGGGCUGCAAUGAAAGCUGCGGCGGCUGCGGCUGCUGCGGCUGGUGCCAAUGGGGCUGGUGCCAAUGGGGCUGGUGCUCAGAAAGCCGAUACCUGUUCUAGGUGCAAGUCUAUGUGA